AUGACUACAGCAAAUUCCAGAAAGUAAUUUUCCCUCUGGGGCUUUCUGCCUACUUCUUAAAAGGCCUGUUAACUAGUGAAUUGGUCACGUGUUGCCUUUGGCAGGCGGGUUGUCCUAAUACGUGAGGAAAUUCGUCUUUGGAAGCUCGGUCGGAUGUCAAUAUUUUAAAUACCUAAAGUAAUCCCACUCCCUUCCCUUCUUAGGUCUAAGCUCACAGCUAUGCUGGUGGUAUAUAAAGUGAGAAGAGGGAGGAAAACCUAGAACGUUGUCAACAACCCAUUUUGGUUUGGAAAACAAGACUAGAGUUACUGAUUAGCAGGCCCAAGAGGUCAAGGGUUGAAGAAAGGGGACCAGAGGCUGCGAUGGACAGAACUCCCAGAAGAGAGUGGUUACAGUUCCCUGGACCCUACCUGGGUCAAGGGUACUUCAUUGCUUGUGCAACUCCUACCCAGGAGGAGCUGAUGAUUUUUAUCCCAGUGGACAACAUUUUCUUCAACAUGGCUGCUAGCCACAUUCCCCAAAAGUUCCAACUACAGGCCAGCAUCAGAAUCCAGAAAUUCCUGAAGUCAAAAGGAUUAUCUAUUUUGUGUGAAGGGGAGAGUCACUCAUUCUUUUAUCCUACUCCAAACUUGUCAGGAAAAAUGGGCAGUGUACCCCGAGAAUGGACUUACCAUCUCACUGAUGGGAGCACAGAUCUCAAGACUGAAGGCCGCCUCGAUAUGAAGACUGAACUUUUCUCCAGCUUUUGCCCAGAUGGAAUCAUGCUAGAGACAGGACAAGGUAACCAGCGCUUCCUCCUCUACAAUGAGUAUCCCCACAACCCUCAAAAGAAUUCGUGGUGUGUUGAGUUUCGGUUCUUGACCUUUUGCUUGGACUCAAAAGCUUUCCUGCAGACCCCCAGGGAGUUAGAGGCCUGUGAGUUGUCCAGUGACUGAACUAUGCCCUCUAUGGAGCUGGAGACCUCUUACUCCCUUCAAGAACAAUAAAGAUGAUUUUCUGA